CCCGCCCUGCCCUGCUUGGGGCGUCACGUGAGGCGGGCGGAAGCGCCCGGCGGGGUGGGCGCGCCGGACUCGAGGCUGCGACUUAGCUGCGGCGUUGCGAGUCUGAGAGUGUGCAGCGCCGGAACUCCGGCUCCCCGCGUGGAGUCUUCGCUCAGACCAGCUUCCACCUCAGGCCAAGAUGAGGAGCUGUUCAAAGUAGUUGCUGCCUCUGGGAGGACCAGCUUCCUGGGCAGCCCAGCAGGGUAAAUAUCGAGAAGAGGAAUUGCUGGAUCUUAUGAUCUGGACAGAGCCCUGCUGGCUGGCCUCUGCUGUCAGGAACCAUGGCAGAGGCCGGGGAUAUAGCACUGUCGGUGGCCGAGUGGCUUCAGGCAUUGCACCUGGAGCAGUACACCGGGCUCUUUGAGCAGCAUGGACUGGUCCGGGCCACAGAGUGCCAAGGCCUCAGCGAUGCCCGCCUGGUGGACAUGGGCGUGCUACUCCCUGGCCACCGACGCCGCAUCCUGGCUGGCCUGCUUCGUGCCCAUGCGCCCCCGGCCCCCGCACCCCGCCCCACCCCACGGCCCGUGCCCAUGAAGCGUCAUGUCUUCCGCUCACCGCCUGUGCCCACCACUCCACCUGAGCCACUGCCCGUGGCUAGAGAGGAUGAGGGGUUACCCACUGCCCCACCCAUCCCACCCCGGAGGAGCUGCCUUCCACCUGCCUGCUUCUUCACCUUGUCCACGGCUGCCUCAGACGCUGUGCUGCCCCCACUGCCUGCUAAGCGGCAUUUGGCAGAGCUAAGUGUUCCACCUGUGCCCCCUCGCACUGGGCCCCCCCGUUUGCUGGUGAGCCUUCCCUCCAAGGAAGAGGAGUUACUGUCACUACCACUGUCAUCCUCUCCCCAACCAGAGCCUGAAGAGCCCCCAGCUACCUUCCCUGUGGGGCCUCCCUAUCCCCUGUCUCCCAGUCCCCCAGAGAUCCCCCCGAAGCCACUUCGCCUGCACCCAGAGUUCGAUGACUCUGACUACGAUGAGGCCCCAGAAGAGGGGCGGGGAGCCCCAGCUGGCGUGAUGACCAAGAAGGAGAAGCCCCCAGUGAGCCAAGUCCCACGUGCCGUGCGUGUGGCCAGUCUGCUGAGUGAGGAGGAAGAACUGUUGGACAACCAAGAGGAUGAAGAUGAGGAUGACCAUGCCUAUGAGGGUGUCCCCAAUGGUGGAUGGCACACCACUAGCCUGAGCUCAUCCUUGCCCAGCAGCCUCCUGAUCCCCCAGCUCCAACCCCACCCCAUGGAUGGACUGCCAGGGGGUCCCACCCCCAUCACACCCGUCAUCAAGGCUGGCUGGCUGGAUAAGAACCCACCGCAGGGAUCUUAUAUCUAUCAGAAGCGUUGGGUGAGACUGGAUGCCAAUUACCUGCGAUACUUUGAUAGUAACAAGGAUGCCUACUCUAAACGCUUUAUCUCUGUGGCCUGUAUCUCUCGUGUGGCUGCCAUUGGGGACCAGAAGUUUGAAGUGAUCACUAACAACCGGACCUUUGCCUUCCGGGCAGAGAGUGAUGUGGAGCGGAAGGAGUGGAUGCAGGCCCUACAGCAGGCAGUGGCUGAGCAGCGUGCCCGUGCCCAGCUGUCUGGUGCUUCUCUGUUGGGUAUUCGAGACUCAGAGCCACCUGACCGUGCUGGCAGCCUAGAGCUACGAGGCUUCAAGAAUAAACUGUAUGUGGCUGUAGUCGGGGACAAAGUGCAGCUUUACAAGAAUCUGGAGGAGUACCAUUUGGGCAUCGGAAUCACCUUCAUUGACAUGAGUGUGGGCAACGUGAAGGAGGCGGACCGGCGCAGCUUCGAUCUCACCACCCCCUACCGCCUCUUCAGCUUCUUAGCCGAAUCGGAGCUAGAGAAGGAGCAGUGGCUAGAGGCCAUGCAGGGAGCCAUUGCUGAGGCCCUGUCUACCUCGGAGGUGGCUGAGCGCAUCUGGGCUGUGGCCCCCAACAGAUUCUGUGCUGACUGCGGGGCUGCCCAGCCUGACUGGGCCUCCAUCAACCUCUGCGUUGUCAUCUGCAAGCGCUGUGCAGGGGAGCACCGUGGCAUGGGUGCUGGUGUCUCCAAGGUGCGGAGCCUGAAGAUGGACAAGAAGGUGUGGACGGAAACACUCAUUGAGCUCUUCUUACAGCUAGGCAAUGGUGCCGGGAACCGCUUCUGGGCAGCCAGUGUGCCCCCCAGUGAAGCCCUGCAGCCCAGCAGCAGCCCUGGCACCCGGCGGCGCCACCUGGAGGCCAAAUACCUCGAGGGCAAGUACCGCCGCUACCACCCACUCUUUGGCAACCAGGAAGAACUGGACAAGGCCCUGUGUGCCGCAGUCACCACCACAGACCUGGCUGAGACCCAGGCGCUCCUGGGCUGUGGCGCUGGGGUCAACUGCUUCUCAGGGGACCCUGAGGCCCCCACACCUCUAGCUCUUGCCGAGCAGGCAGGGCAGGCACUGCAGAUGGAAUUCCUUCGGAACAACCGGACCACGGAGGUAUCUCGGCUGGAUUUGAUGAAGCCCCUGGAAAAGCACUACUCAAUUGUCCUGCCAACUGUGAGCCACAGCGGCUUCCUCUAUAAGACCGCUUCCGCCAGCAAGCCACUGCAGGACCGCCGUGCCCGGGAAGAGUUCAGCCGACGCUGGUGUGUCCUUAGUGACGGGGUCUUGAGCUACUAUGAGAAUGAGCGGGCAGUGACCCCCAACGGGGAGAUUCGGGCCAGCGAGAUUGUGUGCCUGGCAGUGCCCCUUCCUGACACCCACGGCUUUGAGCACACCUUUGAGGUGUACACGGAGGGAGAGCGACUAUACCUGUUUGGGCUGGAGAGUGCGGAGCUGGCUCAUGAGUGGGUCAAGUGCAUUGCUAAGGCAUUUGUGCCUCCCCUGGCUGAGGAACUGCUGGCCCGGGAUUUUGAUCGCCUUGGGCGCCUACCCUACAAAGCUGGCCUGAGCCUACAGCGGGCCCAGGAGGGCUGGUUCUCCCUCACUGGUUCUGAGCUCCGUGCCAUCUUCCCAGAGGGGGCCUGCGAGGAGCCAUUGCAUCUGCGGAAACUGCAAGAGCUUUCCGUCCAAGGAGACAACGAGAACCAGGUGCUGGUGCUGGUGGAGCGAAGGAGGACGCUGUAUAUCCAGGGAGAGCGGCGGCUGGACUUUGCGGGCUGGCUGGGGGCCAUCCAGAAAGCAGCGGCAAGCUCAGGGGACACGCUAUCAGAGCAGCAGCUGGGUGACUCGGACAUCCCAGUGAUUGUGUACCGCUGUGUGGACUACAUCACGCAGUGCGGCCUGACUUCAGAGGGCAUCUACCGCAAGUGUGGGCAGACAUCAAAGACACAGCGGCUGCUAGAGAGCCUGAGGCAGGAUGCUCGCUCUGUGCGCCUCAAGGAGGGUGAGCAGCAUGUGGACGACGUUUCCUCGGCGCUCAAACGCUUCCUGCGAGACCUGCCAGACGGGCUCUUCACUCAAGCCCAGCGCCUUGCCUGGCUAGAGGCCUCAGAGAUUGAGGAUGAGGAAGAGAAGGUCUCCAGGUAUCGAGAGCUCCUGGCACAUCUGCCCCCAGUCAACCGGGCCACGGUGAAGGCCCUUAUCAGCCACCUGUACUGCGUCCAGUGCUUCUCAGACACGAACCAGAUGAACACGCACAACCUGGCCAUUGUGUUUGGGCCUACACUCUUCCAGACAGAUGGACAGGACUAUAAGGCUGGCCAUGUGGUGGAAGACCUCAUCAGCCACUAUGUGGUGGUGUUUAGUGUGGACGAAGAGGAGCUGAGGAAGCAGCGGGAGGAGAUCACUGCCAUUGUAAAGAUGCGUGUGGCUGGCACUGCCAGUGGGACCCAGCAUGCUGGUGACUUCAUCUGCACCGUAUAUCUGGAAGAGAAGAAGGCAGAGGCUGAGCAGCAUAUCAAGAUCCCAGCGUCUAUGACAGCUGAAGAGCUCACCCUAGAGAUCCUGGAUCGCAGGAAUGUGGGCAUCAGGGAGAAAGACUAUUGGACCUGCUUUGAAGUCAAUGAGAGGGAGGAGAUAGAGCGUCCCCUGCACUUUGCGGAGAAGGUGCUGCCCAUCCUGCAUGGACUAGGCACAGACAGCUACCUGGUGGUGAAGAAGCACCAGUCCAUGGAGGCUAUGCUGCUGUACCUGGCCAGCCAUGUAGGCGACACCAAACAUGGCAUGAUGAAGUUCCGCGAGGACCGCAGCCUCCUGGGCCUGGGCCUACCCUCAGGUGGCUUCCACGAUCGCUAUUUCAUACUCAAUAGCAGCUGCCUGCGGCUCUACAAGGAGAUCCGGAGCCAGAGGCCGUGGAGCGGGGCCCCUGAGACCGUGAGUAGUUGUGAGCCACCUGCCAGCUGCCUUACACCACCUGGGGAUAAGCGAGCCUGGUGGGAGCAUGGGGACACAGCCGAGCUCCUGACCAUCUCCAGGCAUGGUUCCCUGCCCCCUUGCCACUAGGAUCCUGCCCUUUAUUCCCACACCUGUCCCAGAGUCCUUUCCCCAAGAUAGAGUCCCACAUCAGUACGAUGCUCUAGAAUUUUCCAAAGAACUCAGCGUAGAAGCUGUAGAACCAGUAAUGAAGGCCUCUAGGUUUGAAUUAGAGCUCUGAGCCUCAUCUCCUGUCACCUCUCUUUUCAAACCUGGAGAGAGUUCCAGGGCUAUCAGAAUCUCCUUGCUACUGUCCUGUUCCUAAAGUGCCAGGGUAAAGCUACAGAGGCUACAGAAGCUUGGCACAUUCUUGACCUGCAGUAGGGAUUCCUUGUCCGCCUCCCAGGCCAGUUGCCAGCCCUUGUUUGCACACCCUUGGGAGAGGGGGGCUCAUCCACUCCUUCCUCAAGGCUGCCCUAGCCCUCGAAGUGUGCUUCUGACAGAUUCAGCUGAGAAUCUGCCUCUUGUGACACCCCUGUCUAGCUGCGUCUUGGGGACCAUAGAGCAUAGAUGCCCUGCAGAGACAGGCAACAGAAACGUGUUCUCAAGCCCAGGGGACUAGCCUAAUUUUUCACAGCCACCCCCACCAGUGUCGACAAGCCUAGCUGCCAAGGAGGGAGCAGAGCAGAUAGAGCAGGAUCCUCAUCUCCCUUUCUUUGCACAUUAUACCUCUAUUAAUGCUGCCUGGGCUCUUGAUGACCCUUGUGAGGAAUCCCGCCUCUUCUAUUCUUUGCCUUCUUCUAUGAUCACAUCCUUAUUUCUGGGCCUGUCCACUCCUCCAGUCAGUCCCCCUGGGUUCUGGGGUGUUAUUUCCCUGGCCUCCUCCCUUUGGGGGCACUUAGCCUCUUGUAGCAAACCAAGCCCAGAUGACUAAAGCACCUGGAAAAGCAGUGGCUGAUCCCUUGGCAUGCAGAGGAGAAAGGCAGGAGAGCUAGAAAAAGGAAAGGUGUAAUGUUUGGUGAAGAGGCUUGGUGAACCACCCUUCUCAUACUGGGACAUGUAAUCUCACUACUGUCCCAGGAGGAGGGGUAUUAUUCCCAUUUCACAGGUGAGAAAGCAGGCUAUGAGUGACUUGCCUAAGGCCAUCUCUAGAUGGUAAUCUGGGAUUCAAACCCAGAUUUGUUAGCAUCAAAGCUCAAGCUUUUUAUUCCUUGAAGUAGAGAAAUCAAAGACUCCACAGCGAGGGAUUGAUCAGUGCAGGGGUAAGUGGUGCUCUCCAUGGUGGCGGCUGGCACCUCUACCUGACAGAAGCUCUGGGAAGGUGUGUUUUGGCUACUGAGGUGUUGGUUAUUUUGGUAUUUGUCAGUUUAUGGAGCAACAGGAAAUUGGGACAAUCCCUGGCAUGCAGGAUAUAUAAACAGCCAAGCCUUGUCUUGGGGGUCUCUGCAUUGUUAAAAACCCUGAGGCACCUGGGAAACGCACAGUCUGGGAAGAUCUUGGUUCCAGCAGAGGUCUUUGAGCAUCAAGGGGUGAACUUGCCUCUCUGCCAGUGACCUCAUACCUCAGAGAUACUGGAAACAUGAGCUGUUUGAUUAGAAAUGAAGUCCUUGGGGACCAAAGAAGAUUACAUUAACUGACACCCCCCUCCUUCCAAACCUUCCUAUCUCAGCCAAGCUCAUGUCACGCACAUGCCACGCACACGAGAACUUGAGGAAGCAGAGGCUGAGGGUUUUUUCAUAUUCUCAAGGAGCCACUGCCUGAGUUGAAUUCCUCAGUUCCCGCAAUUCUCUCCACACCCUGACUGGAACCAUCAUUCCUGUCACACCCAUGGGUCUAUACAAUAUUGUAUUAGUUUCAGGUGUACACCACAGUUAUUCAACAUUUAUAUACCUAAAGAAGUGAUCACCAUGAUCAGUUCAGCAACCAUCUGACACCAUACAAUGCUCUCACAAUAUUAUUGACUGUAUUCCCUGUGCUGUACCCCACAUCCCCAUGACUUAUUUAUUUUAUACCUGUAAUUUUGAACCUCCUAACCUCCUAUUCCUCUUUACCUUCCCCCCGCUUUUGAUUUUUCAAUUACAGUUGACAUUUGAUAUUAUUUUAUAUCAGUUUCAGGUGUACAGCAUAGUGGUUAGACAUUUAUAUAAAUUACAAAGUAAUCCCUCUGAUUAGUCUAGUAUCCAUCUGGCACUGUACAUCUUUCACUAUUGAUUGACACUACUCCUUGCUUCUAAUUCUCUUCCCCUUGCACGCAUAGCCCAACUUCUUGCAAGCCUGCUUUCCAUUCUCUCAGCCUGAUGCUUUCUGUACCUGCAGCCCAGUUUCCCCCACAUCUUUUCUUAUUUACUGCCUGGAGCCUGGUAUUUCCCAUGGCUGCAGCCUAAUUUUAUUUUACAGCCUGUCUUUCUGUUCUCGCUAUCUUGUUUCUUUCAACUUGCAGUCUGAUUUCUGUAAUGCUCUUAGCCUUGCUUCUUCCCUGCUUGCAUGUAGGUUUCUUCCUUGUCAUAUUCUCCCCACACCUUGUUUCUUGCAUUUCCACAGCCUAAUUUCCCUUCCUACUGCCCAGUUUCCUCUCUGCCUAUAGCUUGGAUCAUCCUGUGCCUAUAGCCUAGUUUGUCCCAGGCCCUCUUGGGCACAAAAUCUUUGUCAGGUCAGGUGCUAUGUGUAGGAGACAUAGGGCUUCCCCAUCAGGGCCUUGGCCAUUAGAGGGGAUUAGGGUGGAAGCAGGAUCAAGCCCUUCUUGAGCCACCCCUGUGAUAGCACUGAAGUCUCCACUAACCCCUGAGUAGCCCAUCCUUUUGCUACCUCACAGGGAGUCUGCCAGUUCCUAAAACUCUCCACUUCCCCUGGCCAUCCCCUACUCCCCUCUUUUUGUUCUUGCUGAGGAGCCAUGCCUGGGGGUGCCUAGGAGCAAUGGUGGGGAACAGGGUGGAAGUGGCUCAAGCUUUGACCUCCAGAUUUGGUUGUAAGUGAGUCUCAUUCCCCUACCAACCACCUGGCACCCCUGCUGGCUCCAGAGGUGCCUGGUGGGGCAGGGCUUCUAGCAAAUGGCUCCCAGAGCAGGAGGAAGGCUCAUUAGCUUGAUCUCCAACCAACCUCUUCCUUGGGGGUCAUUGCUCCCAUCCUCCUGCCUCUGAGCCAGCCUGCUCCUUCCUAGCCCAGACCCAUAUGCAGAAGUGGGGGCCAGAGGUGAGCAUGUCACUGAUCUGGUGCCCCUCCCCAGUACAUCGGUCUCUUGCUUCCUGACCUAGACCACUGGGAAGUUCUUCCUUUGGUCUACCAAACAGCUGUUCUGCUUCAGCUUGAGUCAUUAGCCUUCCCCUUAUGGAACCAAAGAGCUAGUAACUGCUAACCCCACAGCCUUUUGUUCACACGGUCAACCCUGGAGCCUCCAUGGGGUGGAAGGGGCUGAGAGAGAAAUAACCUGAGACAAACAGAUAACAAGCAGCCAGCUGAUCACACAGCUGAUCUCAGAUCACACACACUUAUUCAUUUUGAUGCCAAAGGGUGAGGUACAGACUUCUCCCUCCAGAUAGUCUGGUUCAACCGAUGCUACUAGUCAAUUCUCCAAUUUACAGGAUAGCAGGGAGUGCUGGGACUCACUGCUCUGGAUGUCACACUGGAAUGGCUGCCCCUGGGACUGAGGGUUGACUGUCUGAUGCUGCUGCAAAAAGAGAGGCCUGGGGGGCUUAGUUGGGCAUGGAUUGUAAACAGGGAGGGCUUUGUCAGGAAGGCUUCCUAGAGGAGGUUCCCUGUGCUGGGAUGCAAGCGGGAAUGGGCGAGGGAGGAGGGAGGUACCCAGUUGGGAUAAGUGCCCCAGG